AUGAGGGCCCAGAAAAGUCUCAGCUGUGUUGCGUUAUACGCCAGCUUGGCGGCCACGCAGUCCAUCUAUGCCGACAACCAGGUUCCUGUGGUCCGGGAUGAGGACCAUGUGGCAGUGAAUUUCCCGGAAGUGGCCGGCGUUGAGCUCUACUCGCCCUCGUUCGCGAACCCAGAAACGGUGCCGAGCGGCUUCGCCAAUGGCACUAGCGGACCCACGAGCGAGGGAACACUUGACUCCUUCCUCCACUCCCUCGCCGCAAAGCACGACUGGGUCAGCUACCACAACACCGCUCUCCACUCCGAAGAAGGCCGCUCAAUCCCCUACGUCUACCUCUCGUCCAGCCAGACCCCCAGCACCAACACGACGAGCAACAAAGUCCGCAUCUGGCUGCAAGGCGGUGUGCACGGCAAUGAGCCGGCCGGCGACCAAUCGCUGCUCGCCCUCCUCGGCUCCCUCUCCAACAACGCCACCUUCGCCUCCUCCGUCCUCGCCCACGCCGACAUCCUCGUCCUCCCGCGCUACAACCCGGACGGCGUGGCGUACUUCCAGCGCUACCUGGCCAUGGGCUUCGACCCGAACCGCGACCACACCAAGCUGGCGCGGCAGCAGACGCGCGACAUCAAGCAGCUGAUGGUGUCGUUCGCGCCGCACGUGGGCGUCGACUGCCACGAGUACACGGCGACGCGGGGCUACGGCGCGCGCGGCCAGUGGCGGCUGGCGCAGGACGGCCAGUUCUCGGCCAUGAAGAACCUCAACAUCGCGGCGCCGAUCAGGCAGCUGGCCGAGGGCGUCUUCGCGCCGGCCAUCGCGGCGGCGAUGGAAGGGAGGGGCCUGCGCUGGGCGCCGUACGUCACGGUGGGCGACAGGGAGACGGACGAGCUGGUGCUGGAGGAGACGACGGCGGAUGCGAAGAUUGGGGAUACGAGCGUCGCGCUGACGCAGGCGGUUAUGUUUUUGUUUGAGACGAGGGGGAUCGGCAUUGCGGAUCAGCAUUGGCAGAGGCGUGUGGCGACGGGGCUGACCAUGUUGGAGACGGUGCUGAGGACGGUGGCGGAGAGGGCGGAUGAGGUGUUGGAGACGGUGGAGAGUGCGAGGGAAGAGUUUAUUUAUGGGGGUGGAGAUAUCGUGGUUACGGAUGCUGCGAAGGAGACGACGGUUGAUUGGCAGUUUGUUGACGUGGAGACAGGAGCGGUCGUCGAUGUCCCGGUGACGUUCAUGAACACGACACCCUUGGAAGCGAACAUCACGCGGGCGAGACCGGAAGCCUAUGUCUUUUCGCGCGCGUGGGCGGAUGUUGCGGAGAGGCUACGUGUCGCCGGAGUCGAGGUGCAGGAGCUGCGGAGCUCGUUCAAGGGAGAGGUCGAGGCGCUGAAUGUCACCAGUGCGGUGCUGGCAACAUCCAAGUAUGAGGGCAUAGCGAGGACGACUGUAACCACGGAGCCGAUACGGAAAGAGGUGAGCUUUCCACCUGGGGCCUUCUGGAUCGACACGAAGCAGAAGAACAUUGCUCACGCCUUCGUCACGCUGGAACCCGAGGGUAUUGAUUCAUACGCCACAUUCAAUAUUCUUCCAGUAGAUGAAGGCUAUGAGUAUCCGGUAUAUAGGGUGAUGGGUUAG